AUGGAACCCAGCGCUGACUCGCUGCGGCAGGACCUGGAGGCAGAGCAUGUGGAGGUGGAGGACAGGACUCUGAACCCUUUCGCGACCAGCUUCCGAGUCCUGGUGGUGUCGGCUAAGUUCGAGGGGAAGCCACUGCUCCAGAGACACCGGCUGGUGAACGAGUGCUUAGCUGAAGAGUUCCUGCACAUCCAUGCCUUUGAGCAGAAAACUCUGACCCCAGAGCAGUGGACCUGACAGCGGAGGGAAUGAAGGACCCAGGCCUGAACAAGCAUUAAAUUUUAAAUCUGGAAAAAAAAAAAUAAAAAAGAAAAGGAAAGAAAACUAAUCAUAAAAGAAGGAAGAAUAAAUUUAAGACUCUUCAGGUUUUCUGCAAAUGUAAAAUUACAUCAC